CAGACAGUGUGACAGCAGAGGGAGAGGAGAGAGAGAAGAAAAAAGGGAUGUGUGUGAGUGUGCGGUGAUCGGUGCUGCAGGUACAGUCACAGCCGGAGAUACAGCUUCAAGAGCCGCACCGGACCGCGGCAAGACCGCCUCGGAGCCUGCCUGCCUCUCUCUCUCCUCCUCAUUUCUUCCAGUAACAACCCUCCGCGAUGUCUGGCGGAGGAGAGGUUCGCGUCCUCCGCCAAGAGGGCGGCCAAGAGAGCCCGAGGAUGCCGGCCUGGAAGCGAGAAAUCCUGGAGAGGAGGAAGGCGAAAGGCGGCGGCGGGGCUGGGGGAACCGGUGCUCCGGAGGCUAGCCCCGGGGGAGCGGGCCCGCAGCGGGUAAACGGCGAACUAACGGGGAAUGUGAACGGAGGAGGUGGUGGCGCGACCGGGCGGAACUACACCAUCACCCCGGCCACCCAGCACUUCUCCCACAACAAAGAGCCACAAGCGACGGCCGCGGCGACACCGAGGGAGGAGGGCAGACACGAGAGUCUGGUGCUGCAGGAGAGCCUGGGGCCGCUGGAGGAGAACCCGUUCAUCAAGCUGGAGAAGGAGCGGAGGAGGCGGCAGGAGCAAGAAAACGCCACCCGCCCGGUCCAGCACAUCCUGGAGCUGUACGGCAGUGUCCCCGGCAUACGGACUAUCCGAGCGGAGAACAUCAUCAUCAUCGAGUCGGACCCGGAUUACUUUCCGGAAGGUGGAGGCGUGAAAAGCGAGUGCCAAUGGCAGCAGAACGGUGUGAGUAGUUACAGCUCUCUAAACGACCUUCUGGACCGCAGAGGGAGUGCUGUUACCGAGAUAAGAGCCAAGGAAGUCGUCAUUUAUGACACCACGUUAAGCAAGAGCGAGGAGAACCUGAGCACCCUGGGCCGUCCUGAUCAGGAGGUCCCCUAUAAUACAGGUGACGGUCAAGGUAGGGUCAGCAGGAUCCUCCAGAAGUUUGACAGCAACUAUGGGAAGCUGCAGAAGAAGUCCCACAGCACAGAGAACCUCCUGGACCUGGAUUGUAGUGCCAGCAGUAGGCCAAGACUCUGGCCCAAGACACAGCCAGAUCUGGUGCCAAAGCCCAGGCCGGGUCCACGGGUCAGCAGCCCGGGCAGUAGCCAGCCAUCUUCGCCUGUCUUCCAGGGUCCCUGGUCUUCCAAACCAAAGCCACAGCCUGCCGUCUCUGGGCCGGGCAGCCCCCAGCGUUCACAGCCCGUGUCUUCCUUCCGUCAGCGCUUUGAGGAGAGUGGAGUCCACCACAGCGCAGCCGUGACUCCCAGAGACGAGCCGGACAGGGGGACAAACAAGCCCACCAGGGAGAGAGACUGGGAGGCCGCUGAGGUGCCCCCCAAACCUAAGGUGCCAUGCUCUCCGGAGACCCGCCGUGCCCGUGCCGAGGCCCCUUUGAGCCCUGUCUCAUCCAAGGUGACCUGCUCCUCACACGAGUUUGAAAUCCGUCCCGCUCCAAAGCCAGACCUCGCCCAGAUUCCUGAUGGCGACACCCAAGCACGGGCCCUCGCAAACCUUCGCCUCCAGUCCCGAAACUCCUUCACAGUGAUCCCCAAGCGCCAUUUGGCUGCCUCAUCUUCAACAAGCAGCCCCAUGGUGACACCUGGCCCCAUCAAGUCCUCCCCCUCACACAGAGCAGCAGAGGUGUCCAAACCUGGAGUGCCAACCUCCCCCACCCUGUUAAAGAGGAAAGAGGAGGAGAAGGAGGUGGAGAGGCCAUCCAAACCUGAACCAUCUCCUCUCACUGUUGCCACAAGUCCUGCUCCUUCUCUCUCUGAACCUUUAUCUCCAUCCCCUGCUCCCACUUCUCCGCCUGUCCUCUCUUCACCCCCCUCUUCUCCAGCUAUCCCAUCUUCACCUCCCUUCUCUCCCACCCAGUCAGUCUCUUCUCCAGUGCAACCUCCAGUGGAUCAGCUGCCAGUAACAAACAUUGACGACAUCGAGGUGGAGCCCCCACCCCAGCGUGUCCCUGUUCCGAGCCCCUUGGUGCAGAGGAAAAAGGGGAACACCUUCACUGUGGUGCCUAAACGUCGGGUGGAGUCUGACGCCCAGCUGAGCCCACCUGAGCCCCAGCAGGAAGCCCCGAGUGAAGCCCCUCCGGGGUCAACCCCUCCCCAGGCCCCCUACGCCCAGCUGGGUUCCCUGUUGAAGAAGCGCUACCCUGCUGUGGAGGAGAUUGAAGUCAUCGGCGGGUACCUCUCCCUUGCGAAGUCCUGCCUCUCCAAGACUGGCUCCACGGGCAAAAAGCUAAAGAUCUCCUUCAAUGAGUCCAGCCUCCAGAGCACCUACGAGUAUCCAUCAGAAAGCAGCGUGUGGGACAGCGGGGAGGAGGAAGAGGAGGACAAACAAGAUGAGAAGUUGGCAGACGAACAGCCAAGCAUGGUAGGACGGAUCCACAUCCCUCGAGCCAGUUUGACCGGCUCGCCCUCCCACACCACCAACAGCAACGAUCUGUCCAGCUACAUUCCCAAGCACUCGGUGGACUUCAGCGCCUGGCAGGAGCACAAACACGAUGACGGCAUUAACCAGGAGGAUGCCGCCUCCCAGCAGACACAGAGAACUGAGGAGGUCAUGCUCACGCCGGCGGACAGCUCCUCCCUCACAGACUACAGCAGUGAGCCCGCUCUUUACUUCUGAUCUGCCUGACCAAUCAGCUGUACAGUAGCAUCGCAGCAUCUCACCCGUGGGACCAGACUGCCUCCACCUCGACACUCCAGCCGACUAUAAGCACAUCUUCCUGACCAGACAGGAAACAUGGGUGUUUUAUUUUUGUUUUUCUGGCUGAUUUCCUGCCACGGCACCGCCACACGCCACGUUACCAGCUGCGCAUUGGAGCUGCCGGGUGGCUGGCGUUCAAUGCCCACCUUCUUUCUGAAGCUGAAGCAACAAAUCUUAAAAAGAAAAGAAGAAGGAAAAAAAAAAAAAAAGCAGCUGGGCUGUCUUUCCCAACCCGUGAUCCUCUAACAGACAGUUGAUCUGUCAGCGUCCAGAAUCUUCCUCCUUGCCACGCUGUAGAAGUUUUUGCUGCUUUCGAGGUUCAAAUUUAGCUUCAGGUUUUAUUUUAUUUUAUUCUUUUUGGAGGAUGUCGACGAGGGAAGGAGCCGACAGAGUUCAGUGUUAUCGUGGAAGCGUGUCAUUACAGCAGAUUGGCAGCAGAUACACAUAAAAAUGGUGAAAGGGUGCCACAAAUGCAUUUCUUUGUUCCCUUUUCUUUUUCUUUUUUUAUCUGCAUGUUUUGAUUUGAGUCCAGCACUUCUGUUGGUUCUGUCUUACUGUAAAGCUUCUCUAUGCCUUUUUUUUUUUUUUGUUAGGUUUUGUAUAUUUUCUGGCAGACUAUGUACUGAUUGAAGCUGCUGGAUUUUUUUUUUUUUUUGGCAAGCAAACUUCAACAUGCUUCACUUCUUCAUGUGACGAGGGAGGAAACAUAUGCACCCCACCCCCCGGGAUCAGUAGCACCUCUCAUUCCUUAUUAAAUGCUUGAUAAAGUGACCUUGGCCAACAAUGUCUGUAUGUCCGUAUUGCUGAAAUCACGUGUCCGUAUAUCCGCUCUGGAAAGCUGGUAGACCUCCCGAUGCCUUUCCUCAGCUCUUUGUGUAUUUAUUCCUGCUUAACGUUGAAGUUUGCAUGUCUGAAAUCUGCUUUUUUUUGAGGGGGGGGGGUCGUUUUGUUUGUUUUUGGUUUUUUGUACAGAUGUUUGCUGGUGAGGGCUCCGAAAGAUCCCCGCCAGACCAGUCGGACCUCAUCUACUUUCACAUUCCACAGGGAAAGAAGGCGGUCCACUUUGAAGGCAACAGUGAUUGUGAUUGAUCAUUAAAAGAAAAAAAAAGGCAUUUUGUGAGAAAGAAUGAAAGUUUGUGUGUGUGUCUUUUUUUUUUAAUUAUUAUUCAUAUUUUUAUAUGCUCAUAAUGCCAACUGAUUAAAGAGUUCCUGUAAAGGCCUCUCAUCCACUCUUCGGCCAGUAUUGUUGUACUGUCUCCACUGGGAUUCAUCUCUUCUGCUUAUUAUUUCAUGUAUUUUUUUACAUUUUAUUUCUCCAAUCAGAUGCAAUUUUUCUUUGCCAUCAGGAGCUUUGUCUUUCUCUCUGAUGGAUUUACAACUUAUGUUUCGUCCGGGAGUCUUGGUUGAUAGAUGUCUUUGCACUGUCAUGCUUUUAGAUUUGUUUUGCACCUCAUGAGGAAGUAAGAGUGGGCUGUAGAGGAAAUGUGCACUUAAAAGAACGAGAAGCCUACAGACUGGUGACAAAUUAGAGGAGAAGGUUAAAAGCGUCUCAAUGACGUGCCUCCAAAACACGAUGAUGUCAUCUAACACGUUGGAGACUGUAGCACUUGAUUCUUAAUGAUGUCAUCCUCAUUAAUCCAUUCAGUGACAUCCCACCUGUUUCCUUUCAAGAUCGGGGAAGGGCAUUAUCAUCCUGUAAGAGACCACUUCCAUCAACCAUGCCAGCAAAAUUGCCCCCUGAGGGCAUAUAUGGGGUUAAAGGGUUCAGGCUUUUCCUUUAAUUUGUCACCAACCUAAAUUUGGUUGAAGAGUUACAUUUCAAAGAAAAGCCUGACUUAAGUCUAAGUCAGGCUUUUGAUUGGGGUGGACUGAUAUAUCAGUUUAGAUUGCACUGAUUGAUAUUUAGAUAUUCUGAAAGAAAAAAGGUGGGGAUAAUCUGUGCAUUUCUAAUUUCAAUCCCAUGUCUCAGUCGGCAUGAAUGAAUUAAAAUUUGAAAUGAAACUCUUCAGCCACACACAAUUGAAUGCAUCGCGAUGAAUGCCAUGACCACUUUGUUUUCUAUUGCCACUCUAGUCUUACGAUUGUUUGGCCUUGUCACUGUGACCAAAAACAGCAGCCCGAAGUGCAGUUUCGCCACACAGGUCCACAGGGACUUCAUCUUUGUCCGCCUACAAAAUCUCUCCAACCCCCUGCUGGUGUACACCGAUUUGAAAGAACCACGAACUUUGGAUGUUUACUUCAUGCGCUCAAUGUGACUGCUCAGCACUGCUUCUGUUUCAGAAGACUGAAUGUAAAUUUUUUUUUUUCAAUAAAUUUCCUGUGGUAUGAUUAUCAGCUUACCAGAAAACAUCA